AUGAACGCUCCGCGCGUGUAUGUUGAGCGGACUUUAGCGGUUGUCAAACCUGAUGCAGUUGAGAAAGUCAAGGAGAUAGAAGACAUUAUUCUCCGCUCGGGGUUCACUAUUCUACAGAAACGUACGCUACAGCUCAGUCCGGCGCAGUGUAGUGACUUCUAUGCAGAACAUUAUGGGAAGGCGUUCUUCCCAAGCCUCACAGCCUUCAUGAGCUCCGGCCCAAUCAUAGCACUUGCACUGGCCAGAGAGAAUGCUAUAGCCUAUUGGAGAUCCUUAAUGGGACCAGUCAAUAGCACCAAAGCCAGAGAGUCACAUCCUCACUGCCUGAGAGCCAGAUACGGAGACUCUGAGCUGAGAAAUGCAUUGCAUGGCAGUGACAAUUUCACUGCGGCAGAGAGAGAGAUCAAAUUCAUGUUUCCAAACUCUGUAAUUGAGCCCAUUCCUGUAGAAGCAGCAGUGAAAGAUUACCUGAACAGGUAUGUCAACCCAACACUCCACAAAGGACUGACGGAGCUUUGCAAAAACAAGCCAGCUGAUCCGUUUAUGUGGUUGGCUGACUGGUUGAUGAAGAACAAUCCCAAUAAACCUGGACUAUCUUUUGGAUUAUAA